AACACACACUCCAUUAUUCCAACAUCUUAGAUAAGACCCAUCUUUUCCAAACGCCCUCUCCUUCCCCCUUCCUCUCUUCUUCUUCUAUAUACUUUUAUUUCUGUUUAUAAAACACUUUCUCCACCCUAAAACCUCCAUUAAAACCUCAUCUUCUUCACUUUCUUCUUCUUUUUCUUCUUCUUCUUUCUCGAAGUUCAUUCCUCUUUCACAGCCCCACAGAAAUGUUUGCUGCAGAAAAUGGUCUUAAGGGAGACCCCAGGCUUCAAGGCAUCUCUCAAGCCAUUAGAGUUGUUCCUCACUUCCCUAAGCCCGGGAUAAUGUUUCAAGAUAUUACUACGUUGUUGCUUGAUCACAAGGCGUUUAAGGAUACUGUCGACAUUUUUGUAGAUCGUUACAGGGGAAUGAACAUCUCUGUUGUUGCUGGUGUAGAAGCCAGAGGAUUCAUGUUUGGUCCUUCAAUUGCUUUAUCCAUUGGAGCAAAGUUCGUUCCUUUACGAAAACCCAGAAAGCUUCCUGGUGAAGUAAUUUCAGAAGCUUAUGAUUUGGAGUAUGGAACUGAUUGCUUAGAAAUGCAAAUAGAUGCUGUGAAAACUGGUGAACGUGCAUUGGUUAUUGAUGAUUUGGUGGCCACUGGUGGAACCUUAUCGGCAGCAAUCAGGCUUCUGGAACGGAUGGGUGCUGAAGUGGUUGAAUGUGCUUGUGUUGUCGGAUUGCGCGAAGUUAAGGGACAGCGUAGGCUGGAUGGAAAGCCACUUUAUAUCCUUGUUGAGCCACGUCAAUUGGAUGAUUGUUUCUAAGGUGGGUGAUAUCUCUUAGGUUGUGCUUAGGCUGAUAGUGAGAAGAUGAUGCUUGAGCAAACAGGUUGAGACUGAGACAGAGAGAGAGAGAGAGAUUUGAUUACUGCAUCCAAAGUUUGAGCAGCGAUGAAUGAAAAUGUUGGGUCCAUUGUACUAUUUUUUAAUGGUAAAUUAUCUGUCCUUUCCCCAGGCUGUUAUUUUAACAAAAUCUUGAAUGAACAAACUAUUCUCAGAUUCUGAUAUUCAUAAAAGAAAAAAAAAUCCAUGAUGUCUCAUUUGUUGUACAUGAAUAGGAUCCAAUUUGUGUCUUCUUUCUUU